AUGUCUGACAAGCGGUCACGACAUGCCAGUGAUGCGAAAUCACAUCAAAGCCGCCGGAGCUCGUACCACACGAGGAGUGAGGCGAGCUUCAGCACGGCGUCCUCCGGCCUCAGUGAAGCCCGCCGCCGAGCUGCGCUAAGCAAGCUCCAGGCGGAUCAAACCCAGCGCGCGGCCGCGGCCAAGGCUGAGCUGGCCCGGCGUCUGGCAGAGGCGGAGGCAGCCCUGGAGGCACAGGCGGCGAAGGAUGAAGCUGAGCGCUGUCAGCUGGAGCUGGAGCUGCUAGAGCAGGAGGAGCGGGGCUCGCAGCCUCGUUCGUCCGCUCCACCGUCCGUCGCUGGUCUCCCGGUGGUUGCAACAGAGCCACUGGCACGAGUGUGCGUGUCUCAACAGAUGGACGAGUCAGUCACGCGCACCCGACAGUGGCUGGCUCAAUCUCAGCUGCACGUACCGCCGGUGAACACGACUCCUGUCGGCACUCUACCUCCACCUGCAAUGCGUCUGCAGCGCCCGUCCAGUGACGACACCCGAGCGGUCCCGCAUCUGCCGCGCAUUACGCUGGAGAAGUUCGGCGGCUCUGCCAUCGAGUGGCCGCGGUGGAUAGCCCUCUUCAAAGCGCUGGUGCACGACCGCGCUGAUCUCACCGACGUGGAACGGCUAACCUACCUGCAGACUCACCUGACGGGGCCGGCAAAGGAGUCUGUGCGCGGCAUGCUCUGCGACGCCAGUCUCUACAGCACCGCCCUGGGUGAGCUGGAACGAGAGUUUGGUGACCCGUCCCGUGUGAUACACGCCACGAUGAAAAGACUCCUCACAGCGCGGCCGGUGAAAGAUGGCGAUCUGUCAGCGCUGACAGAGCUGUCUCGUGAGCUCCACACCGCGGUGAGCGUCCUACAGUGUUUGCACUACGAGCACGACCUUGCCGCCGCCACGAACGUCACCACUGUGACUGGGAAGCUACCAGCCUCCCUCGCCUGGAGGUGGGGCGAGCACAUGGUGGAAAACGGCAUCACUCGUCCGACGCUCGUCGAUCUCGACGAAUGGCUUCGCCGUCAUGUGUCAGCUGGUCGGUUGGCCUUGAACGUGACCACCAAGCAGCUGCCGAAGGUCGAGGCUAAUGACGCUGAGUGCCGUCCGAGACGCGUGUUUACCACCGCGUCGGCGCGGCCCACGCCGGCGGCUGUAAAGCGGGAGAGGACAGCUGCCAUAAAGUCAUCAGCGGACGGACACAGUGACUGGUGUACCAUGUGUAAGCAAACACACGAGCUCCAGCACUGUGACGAAUUUCUCGCGCUGACUGUGAGUGAGAAGGCAGAGUUCGUCGGCAGAAACGGACUGUGCUUUAACUGCCUGGGUCGCGAUCACAUCAGCGCCACGUGUCCCAGUGAUGCACGAUGUGACGCGGAGCACUGCGGCAGGCGUCAUCACACGCUGUUACACAAUGGAGGACGAGUGUUUCCGCUGCGCGAUUCCGAUGAUGGUACGCCGUCAUCUGCCAAACAUGUCGGCACCGCAUCGGCCGAGCCUCGCAGUGAUAUUCUCCUACAGGUGGUGCCCAUCACCGUAAACGGGCCGGCAGGUAGCCGCACCACGAACGCGCUCCUGGAUCUCGGGAGUCAGAUCACACUGAUCACCGACGACCUGUGUGACCGACUCGGCAUCUCGGGGCCCACCGACAAAUUGGUACUGAGUACGCUGAGUGGGACCCAAACGACGACGUCACGACGCGUAUCCUUCGCCGUCGAGGCUGUGGGCGGCGACGGCAGGGCACACCGUAUACGAAACGCCCAAACGACGCCGACGUUAAACGUGUCAGCCAAGGCCAUGGACUGCACAGUGGCAAAGGAGAAAUGGCCGCACCUGGACGACCUGGAUCUCCCCAGCGCCACCCACGGCCCAGUGGAGGUGCUCCUGGGAACCGACGUCAUCGAACUUAUUGUGCCGCGGGAAGUGAUCGAGGGACCGACGGGAACGCUGUGCGCCGUAAGGACGCUGUUGGGAUGGACGGUGACCGGGCGGGCGUCGGAACGCUCGGUGCUCGAUGGUGAACACGUUGUCAAUCACGUUCGUGUCAGCGAUAAAACGAGUGCAGUCGCUGACCUUCACACCCAGGAAUCAUCAGAGACGACCCAGUGGUGUCACGCAGCCGAGCCGCCGGGCCCGGCCGACAUCUUCAGCAGAGGCGGCCCGGGGACGGACCUCGCCCCCGGCGGACCGUGGAUACGAGGUCCAGCUGCGCGGUCCGGCCCGGCCGCCCCCUCCGGCGACGAGACGAGGGUGACGGCGUGCGUCACCGAGCGAGCGGAGCCGGUCGUAAACGGCAGUGACUUUUCGUCCUGCCUCAUGGACUCCGGCGGCCUGCUCAGAGUCGGUGGCCGUCGCUGGAAGCGGAAGAACACGCAGCCGCAGGAUCGCUCCUGGCGACGCCGGCGGCGAGAGUGUCUCCCCGCGCACGCCGACCGCACACUGCAUGUCGAUCAUGGACACGACCGAGUACAGGCGGCCUGUCUCUCGUCUCUGCCGUCUUGA